GGUUUCCCAGCAACAUAACAUGAACAUAUGAAACAAGAAGCAAUGUUCAACAAAGUAGAUCUACCUUUGCAACCCCGGCCCCUCGAGCUUUCUUUCUCCAAGCGCCCCAAGCCACUUCCUAGAGAUAUUGAGGAAUGGCUGCACGGACAGGAAUGUUUGACUAUAGAUGAACAAACUCAGUGGCCCAUUGAGUGUUGUUCUACCAGUAUGACUCAGCUGGACAGUCCACUCCAAGGAGAGUGUCCCACCUUGUUUAAAGUUGAUGGUGAUGGUGACAAAUUGUUAUCACUCGAGGCCAUCAGGGAGGAUUUGGAGAAACACUCUUCAUGGGACUCCUCAUUCCUUGAUUCUGUCGCUCUGCGUCUGCAGAAAGUGGAAGAGAAACUGGACUGGUAUGCAAACAGGUUUAUCUGUGAUGGCCAUCCACUGGCCAUCGAAAGAAACAACUCUGAAAGCGUGGCUGGGGGACUCAAGAAUAUCACCAAUAGAGCAUUCUUGACUGAACUGUGUGACAUGGACUUGAUUAAUUCAAGGAAGCUGACUUCUGAAUUGGAAGAGAAAAAGAUACCAUCACUGAUGAAUAGAGUUGUACCGAGUGGGAAAAAAGAUGAAAAAACAGUUGAUGUCGUUCACUUCCCUGGAUUUAGUAAUACUCUAACACUGCCAUCAAAAGUGGAGGCACUUUCUAUUCUUGACCUGGUCACCAAAGCUCAGAUACCACAACAGUCUGCCCUAUCUAAAGCAUGGAGGAAAUUCUUCUAUAGUGAUGCCUCCACAGCACUCCUUACUAAUUCAUUUUGGUGGAUAUGGAUGAACUGCUUCAAGCCUGAUCAAUCUUUGCAAGCUGCUCUCUUUGAUAUCAUCUGUGAGAACUUUGUCGUGCUCCUCACUGGUAUUGACGAUGGACAGAAGGACCCUGUUUUCAUGUACUACCCUGACUGUUUGUGUCAAGCUAUCUACAGUGCAUUCUGCCAAGCCUUUCCUGACUCAAACAAAGUCAUUAACUCUGACAAAUUCCUCGACUACCUCACCAAUCUGAUCUCAGAAUGGAUCACAGGUAUCAAGGUCGGUCCUGGUGUGUGGAGGAGAUGGCCGCGUUUUCUGUUGGAUCCCUAUCACACUACCGCCUCCAGCAAGGGCAGACCGUUUUCUAGUGCAAGGGCACCGAACCGAGAGGAUGUUAUGUCCCUCUCCAUGCCCACGACUCCUAACAAUUUGUCAUGGCAACAGUCACGACCAGGCUAUCAGUCUCAGAGCUCAAGAGUUCAAUUUCAACAAGCCAAAGAUGAUAGCAGAGAUUCAAGUAGUACUGGUUUCAGACGUCUGAUGAGUGGUACUGAGUCUAAUCCUAGGGAAAGCCCCUCUCGUUCUGCUAGAGCUCAGCCUCUGUCUAGGUGGAGGGGCUCAGGCUCACAAGAGAAUGAGUCCACCCCCACUCACAUUGGUCCUGGCCCGAUAUUUGAGUGUGUGCGGUUCAGCAUUCUGGGCCGAAGUCCUCUCCUCCAUCACUUCAUGAUCCGGCACAACCUAGUGGACCUUGACACUCCUCCCGGCCCCACCAUCAGCAGACGACAGGUGAAGGAAUUGCCACGCCCAUGUGUCGGGUACAAGGAUCUCUUGAGAAAAUCACAGGAGGUGUCUGAUAACAAAUAUGAGCAGUACAAGAGAGAUAUUUCUAAGAGUGUACAAGAAUCUGUCAGCUGUCAGAAGCAUCACAUCGCAGAGCGCAAACAGCUAGAGACACAAAACCAAAGAAUACUGUCUCACCGUCACGAGGUGGCUAUUCUGGCCGAGAAAAUACUAUCAAAAAAGAAAGCAGAACAAAUUAAUCCUUAGCUAGCAUAGUACAGUAGAAUUUUCAUCAAUGUGCUGUAAAAAACAGGGGAUCUAUAGUCACAGUGGCGCCAUAAUAAGGAUACUCCCAUUACAUGUCUAUGGGCAUGCCAUACAUUUUUCCCAUAAGGGCUGUAAACUGUACAAUCGUACACACACAUUCACUUACUGCAGGCUUAUUAUGUUUUCACAAUUGUUAA